CGGGGCCUGGCGGGCGGUGGCGCCGCGCGAGAUGGCGUCGCUGCUGCCGCGCAUGGAGCGGCUGUCGUCGCGCGUGGUGCGCGUGCUGGGCUGCAACCCGGGCCCCAUGACGCUGCAGGGCACCAACACCUACCUCGUGGGCACCGGGCCGAGAAGGAUCCUUAUUGACACUGGGGAGCCGGCUAUUCCUGAGUAUAUUGGCUGUUUAAAACAAGCACUGUCAGAAUUCAACAUCUCAAUUCAAGAAAUUUUAGUAACUCACUGGCAUCGUGAUCAUACUGGUGGAAUACUCGAUAUCUGUAAAAACAUCCCAAAUGACUCUGAAUAUCGCAUCAGUAAGCUUCCACGUGUCCCUCAUCGUGAAGAAAUAAUAGGAGAAGGAGAACAUAAGUAUUCAUAUCUUAAAGAGGGAGAUGUGUUACGGACAGAGGGAGCCACACUCAGAGUUUUAUAUACCCCUGGGCACACUGAUGAUCAUAUGGCUUUACAUCUAGAAGAAGAAAAUGCUUUAUUUUCUGGUGACUGUAUUUUAGGAGAAGGAACAACAGUAAUUGAAGACCUGUAUGAGUACAUGAAAACUUUGAAAAGAUUAUUACAAAUGCAACCAGAUCUAAUAUAUCCAGGUCAUGGCCCAGUAGUACAUGAUGCAAAUACUAGAAUUCAAGGAUAUAUUUCUCACCGAAAUGCACGUGAACAGCAAAUUCUGAGUGUUUUCCAGAAGAAUACUGGAAAAUCAUAUACAUCCUCGGAGCUUGUAAAGAUAGUAUACCAGGACAUUCCUGAAAAUUUACUUAAAGCAGCAGAAAAUAAUCUCAUAGUCCAUCUGAAGAAGUUGGAAAAAGAAGGAAAAGUGUCAGUACACGAGGCCAACUUCAGAUGGCGAAACAAUUUGUAAGUUACCCAAGAUUGCUCAAGGAUUUUCUCAAUCUGCACAGUAGCUACAUGAAAAAAUAGAGUAAUCCAGAGAAGCUCUGAUAAUAUGUAAAAUUAAAACUAAUUCUUCUAUCAUUUAAAAAAAGAAGUGCUAGCACAGUUUCAAGGCAGUGUUAGAGUCAGUUCACUGAUAUUUUUUCAUAUUCUACUCUAUGGGAAUUUAAAAUAACUUGAUAGAUACUGAGUUAAUAAAAUGAAAUUAGUAUGAAAAACUGCAUGUUACCUCUGUUUUAAAAUACUCAGCUUUAUCAUCAGAGGCCUGUAAUAUUAUAAAGUUAUAAGUUCAUGAUGUAAAAAAUCUAUAGUAAAAAUAGAAAAGAUUUGAUUUUAAAUCUAUUUUCAUUUGUUUAUGCAUUUCAAAAAGGGCUUAUCAUCUGUAAAUUCUAAAAAAAGGUAAUUUUUGUUAACAAGUAUAAACAUUGUCUUUAUAUUCUUUCUUUCAUCUAGCUGCCUGUGUACAUCUUUUCUGUUUAAUCAGUGAAAGAACUAAGAUACGUUUGAACAAACGUUGAAAGUAAUUCCAGAUUUUUGUAUUUUCUCAUGGAAACAUCAUUUCUAUCGAAUUCAUUUUAAGGAUUUGUCAAUUUAACUAAUUAAUGUCAAAAAUGCAGAAAAUUAAGGCACAAUCUUAAAUUCUUUAUUUUCCAAGAUUCCAACAAGAUUAUGAUAAAAGCAGUAUAUAAAUUGAUAUGUAUUGUACAUAAUCUAAGUCUUGUGUAUAUCACUUUUUAACUAACAAGCUGCAGAUUUGCUAGCAGCUUUCUAUUAAUUAAACUACAAAGAUUAUAA